AUGCACCGGCAUGUGCGUCACUUGACCCCAAAGUGCGAAGCCUUGCAUGCUAAACAGGCCGUGUCUACGCAAGUGGGCGGGCAGCUUGGCGACUACUCCGCGACUGUGUCCGGGAUCGAAGGCUGCAACCCACCAGAGAGCUGCGGCUGGAGGCUUGCUCUUGUGGAGUCGGCGCCUCCUUCCCGGAUCGUUGCCAUCCUUGAAACUUCCCUGGAGACGAACCCCAACCGCGCAACGGAGCUGACGCUGCGCUCUUCAGAGUUCCGGGGCCAGGACCUGGUGAAAGGCAUCAGUGAUCGUCGGUUUAAGACAGCAGGUGGCUGGGGAUUUUUGACAGGUCUUCAGUUCUGGAGCUUGUGGGCUGGGGACUUCUGCCAGGCCACAGCAGAGAUGGACAACUUCGCGCUGCAACCUUCGGCGACCCUGCAGCAGGCAGAGCUGGACGGUGUGAAGAUGGCAUACUCCAAUGAGUUCAUCGCCGAUGCUCCUCCUCUUGCGGGCACAGUGGCUCCCAACCCCUUGUCUGGGACCGCCGUCACGACGCAAUUCACGGCGACGGCCCCGGGUUGGGUGGACGAGGACCUGGCAAGCGUGACCUACGCCUUCUACACCUUUCCGCUCACACAGAACCUGUCUGUGGCUCCGGAUGGAGGACUUACCGUGGAUGGAGGAUUCGAGCCUCCCGAGGUGGAGACCCGGCUCGCACAUGGCAAAGGGCAUCGCUUCAAGGGAAUGGCGGGACAGCACGAGUCCUAUCCAUUGGUCAUGGGAGCUGGCUCCUACUUCACGGCCGUGGUGGUCAGGGAUGUUUUAGGAGCCAUCUCUGCAUCCUUUGCUUUGGGACCCCUGGUGGAAGUUCCGCAAGGCGGGCUCACUGUGGAGCAAGCGUCGGCCGCCAUCGAUAAUGCCGUGGCCAGUGCUGUGGAAAGCGGCGAUGCUGGUGUGAUCAUGGGGAUGUUGGACGCGCUCGUGUCUGUGCCGAUCGCCGCGAACUCCAGCGAGGAACUGAGCGCGGCCAAGAAGGCAGCUCAGGAUCAGCAGCUCGAGGCACUCAAGACAGCUUCCACCAUCGUGAACACAGAUGCCGGAAGCUUGCAGCGAUUCGGCGGGGUGCUCACGGAGGUCCUGUCGUCCGGAAGCGAGUCUGGAACGGCGGACGUGGAAUCGGCCGCCAAGGCAUCGGAAGUCUUGUCGAGCGUCCUGGAUGCAGCUGUGGGUGCCGACGGCGUGGAUGCUGCCGCAGGCAAUGCCUUGCUCGGCAGCAUCGCAGCCGUUGGAGACAGCUAUGCUGCAGCCUCGUCUGAGAUGGACGAGACUUCAGCCACAGUGCGUGCGGCAGAGCUGGCCGUCAUGACGUCGAAGCUGGGAAACGCAGCCCUGGCCACAACACCCGUGGGCGGCUCCUCCACAAUGAGCUCAGUAGACGCGAGUGGCAAGGGCCUGGAAAUCAACGUGAACAAGGAGAGCGUCCAGGAAGCGCAGACCAACGGAGUCGCAGCAGAUGGUGUCGAGAUCCCUCCUGCUGCCGUCGGCAACUUCGCGGGUCGACGUUUGCAAAGCAGUUCUUGCGAUACCUUGGCCGUGCAGCAGACGGACUGGGUCCUCAGCAAUCCAUACAGCUACUUGAAUAGCAGCUUGGGCAUCAAUCGGUAUGUGCUGCCGAACGCUACGGUGAAAGUGCUGGAGAUCAAAGCCUGCGACGCCAUUGUAAUACAGCAAGAUCUCAAUCCACCGGUCGACUUGACCCUGCCACUGCCCCAGCUGCCGCUGGUCCCGCCACCCACGGGCUUCAGCUACGAGCCGGUUUGUGCACGCCUGGGCACCUCGGAGCAGGAUCCGGAUUGGUCGAUGGAUGUCACAUCCUGGGUGCUUCCAACCAGCUAUGGAGCCACCGAGCUAAAGUGCCAGGCUACCACUGCCGGUGGCGCUUACGUGGGCAUAUACGUGCCCAUGCCGCUGGCAGGCACAUCGACCACUGCAACCAAGACUGUUUCCCAGACCUCAACAACAACUUUCACUGUUUUCACCACCACGAAUGCGCCAUCGGAUGCCGGCCUGAUCGUGGGAACCAGUCUCGCCGCGGUUGCUUUCGUUGUAGUCAUCAGUCUCUGUGCUUGGCAGCUACACGCCGGGAACGUGAAGGUCAAUGUCCCCGAUACGAAGGCUACCUGCCAACGCAUGGCCGAUUCCGUCAAGAGCUCCGUCAAGUCCGCCCGUGUCGCCGUUGCUGUACCCUUCGAAAGGGGCGAACCGAAGGUCGCGUGGGAAGGACGGGAAGCAGCUCCCCAGGAGCCUGCGCCAUCGAGCCAGGAGGUAAAGCAGGCCAAAGAGGAUGCGGAGGAGCACUUCUGGGACUGGGCGAAGGACGUGGCCUCGGCCUCGGGCUCGGGCUCCGGCCCGGCGGCCGAGCUCCCGCGCGGGCCUUCCUACGGCCUGGGCCAGAGCAUGGGAAGUGCAGGACCUGCCAUCCCAAGACCGCUCUAUCCGGCAAAGAAGGCGGAGGAGAAGGAGGAGUACUUCCAAAGCUUUGCCCAGGAGCUGCGGGACAUCGUCGGGUCGGCGGUUCCCAACAUGAUAGAAGACUCUCCAAGCAGUGCCAACAGCAUACCGAAGACGCCGCCUCCCCCUCCUCCACCGAAGCGGAGCUUGGAUCCUGCUGCUCCACCUCGACCACCCCCCAACCCACCCCCAUGGUCCCGUGAGAAAAAGACCCUGGCGGUUUCACUGCCGCCGCCCCCUGCGGUGGAGAACGCCGAGCGCAUCGAUGUGCGUGUCGACCAAGCUUUCUCGGACUGGGCCAGCGACUUUGCCUUGUGCCUUCCACCCAGCCCAAGCCAAGCAAAGACGGCACCACCUCCGCCACCGCCGCCUCGGCGUUCCCCGCCGCAGAGCAACAACCUGCCACUCCCUCCCCCGAAAAAACCGAGCAGACCAGCUUUGGAGGAGAGAAGAAGCAGUGAUCCCCACGAAAUUAACCAGGUCUCAAGCCUCCGCAGCGCUGCUAUGGCUUCAGAUCCUGCUCCGGCAACACUGCCCAAGCAACCGCCGCCCCCGCCUCUAGCGGACCGACAGUCGGAGCGACAGAUGCCCCUGCUGCCGCCGUCCUUAAACACCAGGCCGGGGUCGCAGCUUGCCAUGCCAGUACCGAAGCACCUACCGCUUCAGCUUCCUGCCCGUCCUCCAGGUGCAGUGGACGAUGAUAAUCCCGAUCAGAGAG